UACAUAGAAGAAUGUAUUAAUUAUUGAGAAAAUAAUUCUUAAUAUAAUAAUUUCGUUGCUAAAAACUGUUUUGUGGUGUAGAAAUUGAUAAUUUACUUAAUACAUUGAAAGAUAAAACAUGAAGUGUUGCGUACCGGACUGUGGAUAUAUCGGUAGAGUCAGGAGUUUCGAUACAAACCGUCAAAAAAAUACUUUACAUUCGUUCCCGAAAGACCCAAAGCAUCGUGAAGCGUGGUUGGAGGCUCUAGCUAUCCCAAAUUUUGAGCCAAACAGCAAGUCCUUUAUAUGUUCACAACAUUUUCUGGAUAAAGACAUACAUGUAACUAAAAACGGGCACAAAAGACUCAAAAAUGGCGCUGUACCUAUUAUACAUGAUUCGGACGCACCAGCUGAUUCAAGGAUUUGUAAGCUGUGUUUGACUUUGGACGCUAAAAUGUAUCAACUGAGCAAUCAAAAGCUACAUAUCAUGUAUAGGGAUAUCAUGGGUACCCCACCGAACAAAGGUGUGAGCAACAAGCUACCGAUGGGUAUAUGCUAUGUUUGCGCUGCGAAGCUACAAGCGGCUUCAGCUUUCAGAUGUAAAGCGCUUAUAAGCGACGCUCUGCUCAAAGAGCAUUAUUUGACCCAUGAUCAUCUAACCGUAUCAGAUGUCCGGACUCUAUACAAGAAGCAUCCCGACUUAAAAUCGCAAUUAUCAAGCAAGGAAGUUUUCAAAUUUAAUAGUACCAAUAUUGUCGACUUAAUACCACAGCCAUUUGUCAAAACUGAAAAUAACAGCACACAAGUAGAAAUAGAAAUAAGUAAUUUAGAUCAAAAUAAUGUCAAAGAUGAAUCUAAUAUGAAUUUAAGUGUCAAAAGUGAAAUUAAUCUUCUAUCUCUAAAUGAUGAAUCAAUAACUUUUGAUGAAGACAAUUUUGAUGGUCCAUCAAAAAUUGACUUUUUUGAUAAUAUCGUGUUCGUCAAAAGUCAGAAUGAGAGUGAGAGUCAAAUUAUUGAUGAAAAAAGUGAGUUUUCCAAAUCUGUUGAAUCUGAUUUUGAUUUUGAAAAUGAUAGACAAAUGAAUGAUGGGAAUACGGCUAAUGUUGUGGUUGAUGUUACUUCUGGUAUUAAGAAGAAGAAGAAGGUUGGAAGUAAAGUUAAGAAGACUGAAGAUGAUGAACCUGUGAAAAGGGGGCGCAAAAGAAAAAAACCUUACGUCCGGCCUUCAAAAGCCAUAGACGAAAAUGUUUUUUCUGUAACUAAUUUAGACCAUGAAAAGUUAAAGAAAGAAGUAUUGAAUCGACAGUAUUCACAUAAGUACAAGCAGAGUUCUCACAAAUGCACCGUUUGUUUCAAAUGGUUUCCAUCGCAGGACAAAUUGGAAAGACACGCUUUUAAACAUAGUGAGCUCAGCGGUCCACUAGCAUGUGAAAUAUGUUUCGUACGAAUAAAAUCUCCGAGGCAUAUGCGAGCACAUAUGAAGCAUCAACAUAGCGAGGAAUUUACGUGCAAACUAUGUCCUCUAGUCACCAGGAAUAGGUAUGUAAUUUCCAUCAUGUAGACGACCUCUGUGGCG